AUGAAGAACCAAAAGCUUCCGGAAAACCAGCGCCGUUCACUGGAUAAGACAAGCCCCCUCUACAAGCUCACCCCCAUGCUAGACGAGUUCGGGGUCAUGCGCAUUGACAGCCGCACUGGAGUAGCACGCGUGGAUGAAUACGACCUCAAGUACCCGGUUAUACUUCCGCAGAAGCAUCAUGUCACCUAUUUGAUCAUCGACAACUACCACAGGAAGUACCUACAUGGUAACACGGAGACGAUUGUCAAUGAGCUCCGGCAAAAAUACUACGUUCCACGAAUUCGAGGAGUUGUGAGGACCGUAUCAAAGAGCUGCCAGUGGUGCAAAGUCCAUAAAGCACGACCGACCGUUCCCAUAAUGAGUCCAUUGCCAGAAGCUCGACUGUCGCCAGGGGUGCGACCUUUCAGUUAUGUCGGGAUUGACUACUUUGGCCCUCUUCUCGUAAAGGUAGGUCGAUCCAAUGCAAAACGGUGGGUUUGCCUCAUCACAUGUUUGACAAUUCGUGCAGUGCACGUUGAGGUCGCCUAUGACCUGUCGACUCAGUCCUGCAUAGCCUGCAUUCGCAGGUUCGGUCGCCGAGGAGCACCGUUGGAGAUAUACUCCGACAACGGACGCAAUUUCGUCGGUGCAGAUGGAAUCCUGAAAGAGCAGAUGAAGUGCAUUGAUGAAGAGGCAGCAGCAACGUUUACUAAUACGCAAACGAAGUGGUAUUUCAUACCCCCCUCGGCUCCCCACAUGGGGGGCUCAUGGGAGCGUCUUGUACGCUCAAUCAAGACGGCGUUAACCAGUGUUCCGCAGGACAGGAAACUUGACGAUGAAGCACUAUUAACAUACCUAGCAGAAGCUGAAUCAAUCGUCAAUUCCCGUCCCCUAACCUAUUUGCCGCUAGAUGCUUCGGAACAGGAGGCGCUCACGCCCAACCAUUUUUUGUUGGGGAGUUCUAGUGGCGUGAAACAGCCCUCGCGAGAAAUAGGCUGUCCCAACCAAGUACUCCGCAAGACUUGGGAAACCCUGCAGGCAAACUUGGACCAUUUUUGGAAACGCUGGAUUCGGGAGUAUCUUCCUACGCUAACACGGCGUACAAAAUGGUUUGAAGAUGUCAAGGCCGUUGAGUCAGGAGACUUAGUGGUCAUAAUCGAAGAUACGAGACGCAACGGAUGGGUUCGAGGACGAAUCUUAGAUGUGGUGAAAGGUCGUGAUGGCAGAGUUCGUCAAGCUGUUGUGCAGACAUCGAAGGGAGUUUUUAGAAGGCCGGUUAGUAAACUGGCAGUGCUAGACGUCGCAGAUACUUGUAAAGCUGAAGUCAACACUCAUCCUUACGGGGAGGGGGAUGUUGGCGACGCCGCCUCAUGUUUGGCAAUAGUGGCCGUAAACAUCAACUCCGCGCCGAACCGCUUGUUGGUCGUCGACCCCGGGUCUCCGUUCCUCCUACCCAAGACACUAUCUGGAACAUUGGCCAGCUCCCUGCAUCCCGUUUCCAGAACUGCAAGGUGCGAUUUCUCCCGUUUCGCGAAAGGCGAGCGGUCUAUUUCCUGGCGCGACGGAAGCGUGCGAUGA